AUGAGUGUUCCAUCCAUACCGCUUGAGACCCAGGCUGUGCCCGAAAACCAAGAACAGCAGUAUGUUCACGAGGUCUACAACGAGAUAGCAUCCCACUUUUCCCUGACAAGAUAUAAACCAUGGCCCAUCGUGGAGAAGUUUCUACUGGAACGCCCUGACUACAGCAUUGGAUUAGACGUGGGUUGUGGUAAUGGCAAAUACCUAGGGGUGAACAAAAAGCUAUUUUGUAUUGGCUCUGACCGUUCGGAUGGCUUAAUAGACUGUGCUAGGGAAAAUAGCGAGAAGGGAUUCAACUUGGCUGUUGCCGAUGGCUUGCAUCUACCUCAUGAGGACGGACGGUUCGAUUUCGCUAUUCUGAUUGCAGUGAUUCAUCAUUUUGCCAAUGAACAAAGAAGAGUGGAUGCUAUAGAGCAUAUUCUCACCAAACUUCGAGUUGGUGGACAACUUUUGGUCUACUGCUGGGCCCUCGAACAGGAAAAGUCGAGACGAGGGUACAAGGAAGGUGAUGACCAGGAUAUCUUGAUACCGUGGGUCUUGCAAAAGAAGACCCCAAAGAAGACAAAAAAGAGAAACGGCAGCUAA